AAAUGAAGUUUCCACGUCGAUGGAAACCCCACAAAAUAAGGUAGAUAAGUACGAUCAUCACUACCUAUAUAUACAGGCCUUCUUGGGAGCCACUUGUGCACAAAGGUACAAAGGUGUAUAAAGUAGAGAGAGUUGUCUGGACUAAGUGAUCAGUGGAGUUGAAUAUCAUUCUAAGAUGUUACCAAGUGGGCUGUCUUCUGUCUCUUCAGUUUGCAGUGAUGCUGCUGGUAUUGCUGGAAACCUCUUUGCUAUUGGGCUGUUUGUGUCACCAAUACCCACAUUUAAGAGAAUCAUCAGAAACAAGUCGACAGAACAAUUUUCAGGAUUGCCUUAUAUAUAUGCUCUCUUGAACUGCUUGAUAUGCCUUUGGUAUGGAAUGCCCCUAGUGUCACCUAAUAUUAUACUAGUAGCUACAGUCAAUUCAAUUGGAGCAUUUUUCCAGUUAAUCUACCUGAGCAUCUAUAUUGCAUUUGCCGGGAAAGCUAUAAAGCUGAAGAUGUUAGGUUUGUUAAUAGCAGUUGCUUCCAUUUUUGGGACCACGGUAUAUGUAAGCAUGAGAUUUUUUGACUCUCAUGAGAGACAAACUUUUGUUGGAUAUUUGAGUGUUGCUUCACUCAUUACCAUGUUUGCUUCACCUUUGUUCAUCAUUAAUUUGGUGAUUAAGACAAGAAGCACUGAAUUCAUGCCGUUUUGUCUUUCCCUUUCAACCUUCUUGAUGAGUCUAUCUUUCUUUGCAUAUGGAGUGCUCAAGUAUGAUCCUUUCAUUUAUGUCCCAAAUGGAAUUGGAACAAUUCUGGGGCUUGUUCAGCUGGCCUUGUACUCCUAUUAUAGCAGUGCAUUUGGAGAAGACUCAAGGGAACCUCUAGUAAAUCCAUAUGCUUGAAUGAAUCCAUUGGGGUCAAGCUUCAUGCCAAAUUAUUUUCUUCUCUGUCUUUAUGGAGAAGUCUACAACCAGAUUUUGUAACAUAUGACAGAAAUUGGUAAGAUCAAUGGUGCAAUGGUGAGGUUAACAAGAUAACUGAAGACAUGUAAGGCAUGGCCCACUAGAUUUGAUGAACUUGGUCUUGGAAGUUGGAAGUUAUUUAUUGGGCAGCUGAGAAACUGUUCAGCUCCUUGUGCUAUUGAAAGCGAAAAAUACUAUUUAUCA